GCUGUUUUGGAUUUGCGCGAUUUCCCCCCGCUCGCUCUCAGUCUCUCUCCCCCGCCUCCGAUGCGCCAUGUCGGCGACCUUCUCCGCCGCGCCGCCGCUCGCCGUCUUCGCGUCCCUCCUCACGGCGCGCCGCUUCGCCAAGGCCAAGUCCAUGCUCGCCUCCCUGCUCACGCCCAACGUCCUCGCGGUGCCGUUCCCGGAACUCGCCGCCGCCUCCCUCCUGCGCGGCGCGCCGCCGCACGCCGUGGCGGCCUUCCACGACAUGCUCUUCCGCGCCUACGCCGACGCGGGCGCCGCGGACCGCGCCGCCGAGGCGCUCGACCUCACCGUCUCCCGCCUCGGCCGCCUCGACCCGCGCUCGCUCACGUCCUCCCUCCUUUCCCUGCGCCGCGCCGGGCAGCUCGCCGCCGCCGACGACCUCCUUAGGCGGGCGCUCGCCUCCUGCCCGGAAUCCGUGUCUCCACUCUCCGCAUCUGUGGUCGUCGACGGGCUGUGCAAGGCCGGCCGCGUUGCCGACGCUCGCCACCUGCUCGACGAAAUGCCUCGCCAUGGCGUCAAGCCGAAUGCGCUGUGCUACAACUCACUGCUUGACACCUACAAACGCCAGAAGGAUGGAAACCAGGUGGCGGAGGUGCUCAGGAUCAUGGAAAAUGAAGGGAUUGAGGCGACAGUUGGGACAUUCACUAUCAUGGUGGAUGCUUUGUCGGCAGCCAACGAUAUCGACAAGGUUGAAGCUCUGAUCGAUGAGAUGAAGGCAAAGAAUGUCCCAGGAGAUGUGUACUUCUACACAGCAGUCAUCAACGCAUACUGUCGUGCAGGGAAAGCGCGGAAGGCCUCCGAGGUAUUUGAUGAAUGUGUUGGCAAUGGUAUUGAGCCGAACGAGCAUACAUACGGCGCAUUGAUCAAUGGAUUCUGCAAGAUUGGGCAGGUGGAGGCAGCAGAGAUGUUGCUGGCAGAUAUGCAAGGGCGUGGAGUUGGGCAUAACAAAAUUAUUUUCAAUACGGUGAUUGAUGGGUACUGUCGUAAAGGGAUGGUGGACAGUGCUCUCAACAUAAAGGCCGUCAUGGAGAAAACGGGCAUUGAACUGGACAUCUACACAUACAACACAAUAGCCUGUGGGCUUUGUAGGGUGAAUAGAAUGGAUGAGGCCAAGACUCUAUUGCAUAUCAUGAUUGAGAAGGGUGUGGCGCCAAAUUAUGUCAGCUACACUACAUUGAUCAGCAUACAUUGCAAGCAAGGUGACAUGGUGGAGGCUAGAAGGCUGUUCCGAGAAAUGGCAGGGAAAGGAGCAAAGCCCAGUGUUGUGACCUACAAUGUUAUGAUGGAUGGGUACAUCAAGAAAGGGAGCAUCCGCGAGGCUGAGAGGUUCAGAAAGGAGAUGGAAAAGAAAGGGUUUGUUCCAGAUGUAUACACUUAUGCAUCGCUAGUUCAUGGCCACUGUGUCAACGGGAAGGUGGAUGUGGCGCUGAAGCUGUUUGAAGAAAUGAAGCAGAGGGGAACGAAACCUAAUGUCGUGGCAUAUACGGCUCUGAUAUCAGGUCUGGCAAAGGAAGGGAGAUCAGAGGCGGCGUUCCAGCUGUAUGAUGAUGAUAUGUUGAAAGCUGGAUUGACUCCAGAUGAAUCUGUAUAUUCUGCUCUUGUAGGAAGCCUUCACACAGAUAAUAAACAGAAUGAUAGUUUACCACAAACUAAGUAAGGUUUCUUAGGUAGCACUGUUUUUAGGGGAAGAUAAUGUCAGUUUUACCGAAGCAACCUAAGAGGCAAGCAAUCCAGACUCUUGCAUUUUACUCAGAUGACAUGAGUUGGUCUCCCAGAAAUGCUUGCAUGUUGAUGUGCGAUGUUACAUUACUUGACCAUUCCAGAUCCUCAUCGGGCGACACAUUUUUUUAUUUCAAGCAUGUGUAGAACCAGAGGUUGUUGUGCAUACUUCAUUUGGAAAUUGAACUUGAAGGCAUGGAAUUGUUACAAAAGAAGCAAUUCUUGUACAUGCAAUGGAGCUCUUUACAACUAUGAAACGUUGAAUUUCCCAGUACAGGUAGAUUGCCCUUCUCUUCCUGGAUUGCAGACCUAAUCUCCUCCAUUUCCUAGAAGGAAAACAAGAGGAUGGUGUGAUUCUUUUUUUGAACUUAAGAGGAUGGUGUGAUUCUCCUGAAGACUGAACUAAAAGGAUGUAAAGUCGUCAGAAAAACGGCACACCGAUUUCAGCUGCUCCACUUCAGAGUCGAGUCCCUUCUUCAGACCUUGGAGUUCCUGUACGUAACACAGUUGUCAGCUCUGCAUAUCAUACCGUAUCUGUCUGGCAUGAUAUUCGUUACUUGAAGCAGCCUUCAGAGAAUGGCACACACGUAUGGGCUAUGCUCUGUUGACUAUGAAGUUUGCAGGCUGAGGGAGAAAGCACAGAGGGCAGAGCAGAACUCACAUUCUGGCAUGUCUUGACCUGAGUCUCUACGUUGGAGCGCCAGUUGUGCACCUCCUGAAACAGAGUCAGUCCAUUGCAAUUUGCAUGUCAUCAGCAUCUGAUCACCAAACCAGCGAAUUUCCGUAACUCUAAGAAAGGAAUUCCAAAUCCAAGUUUUUCAACUCUGGCCGCGUUUAGUUCAUACUAAAGUACUAAUGAGUUGCUGGAGUCCUAAUCUGCAUUUUGUCAGACAAUCCACCAUGCCUACCUGUUUCAGCUUCUGGAUCCUCUCCAGCAACUCCGCCUGCGACGAGGUCAGCUCCUGCAACACAAAGGUCACAAGGAUCAAUCAAGAAUCCAUUGCUGCAAACAAUCCGGUGCGCCCUCUAGAUCACCGUACCUUGACGCGCGCGUCCAGCUGCUCGAACCCCGACAGUCUCUGCAGAUCACGAACCAGAACGCGAACGCGCAUCAUGAACACAAAGCGAACAUGGGCUAAAUAAAACUUUGGUCAGAGCCGAUCAGACCACGCGUACCGGAUGACGAGGCGCGGCGGCCUCCGCGGCUGCCGGAGGAGGAAGAGACGACGGUGGCGGCGGGGCAGUCGUCUCGGCGGCCAUCUGCGGAGGAUUGAUUGGCGGAGUCUGGGAGUCGUCGGGCCCCGCCACCGGAUCCUACCUGUGGUCUGUGGAGGCUAGUAUUUUGUCUCCAAUGGAAGCAAGGCUGUCGGGUUGGUAGGUAGGACAGGUUGCCCGUUGUUUUCUUCCUCGCCUGGCCUGCAGAUCUCAAGUGUCACCAAGCCGGCUGCAGCUGCUUCCGCCUUCAAUGGCGCGCGUUGCCUUUACGUGACGGUUUCUUUCUCGCACGGUUACCUGUCCCUGACAAGUACACCGCCGCUACAGGGAUUCACUCAAUUAAUUGUAUCAGGAUCGUCGCGCGGAGUUUUCAAGGAAAAUGGCCGAUUCACGUGUGACAGUGAGGCUCCAGCACAGGAACGGGGAAGAGUCAGCAAUGUUCGGCAAUGAUCUGAUUGUCUGCUGAACUUCUCGAUCUCACUGUACUGCCGGUGGCAUUGUUACAGCCUUACAGAGUAUACAGUGACUGACUACAAGUACUUGUUCUGGUUCACUGAGUUUGUUUAUUUCUGCGGAAAGUUCCUGAUU